GGGAACACUUCACUCUAUCGGCACCUGGUGUUAGAGCGGUAUAAAUAGUGCACGGAUAGAGAGAGAGGGGGUCUGUAAUGGCAUCGACAAUCCUUCAGGAACAAGCAGAGCCGUGCAUUGUCCAUUAACGUUCUGUGCUCCUAUAUACUUCACCUGCUAAAAUCAUGGAAUCGUAACUGUAGGAAUUCCUGAAUGGAGAUGGUCCGACAAUUUACAAGUUUGGAUUGGUGAUUACGUGUGUGACUUGUCUCACACCUGUGUAGUGCCCCGGUUACAUUAUGAGCGGAGGGGGCGGUCUCAGCGACUCUCCCACGGGAGGCACAGGGGCGGGUCUCCGACCGUAUCUCAAGAGGAAAAAGUCGUCCUUUGGUGAUACAAAGAUCGCUGUUCUGGGACACGAGGGAACAGGAAAGAGUGCUUUAUCUGUCCGGUUUUUGACCAAGAGAUUUAUCGGAGAAUACGACCAGACAAUAGAAUCCAAAUACAAAUAUACUACAGUGGUCGACACAGAAUCCAUUACAUUCGAAAUCCUUGACACAAUCUCAAACAGAGAAGAUUGUGGAGCACGUGACGACGUAUUACGAUGGGGCGACGGCUUCAUGUUAGUGUAUUCUGUUGUCAGCCGGAAGUCAUUUGACGCCUUGCAGGAAGUGAAACGGAAAAUCGAGGACGCCAAGAAAGGCUCUCCGGCGCCAAUCUUGAUGGUUGGCAACAAAUGUGAUCUGGCGCACAUGCGUCAAGUAACAAAAGAUGAAGGUGAGAAACUGGCUCUAGAAUUCGGAUGUACGUUCGUGGAGGUUUCCGCUUCGGAGGAUGUCAGUCAGGUGACAGAAGCCUUCCAUGCCCUUUGUCGAGAGGUCAUCGAAUUCAAGCGAAGGUCAAGGACAUUUUUAGAUCGAGUGUUUGGUGCUUUUGGACGGGAGAAAGCAUCAUCCUGACAUCAUCCUGACAUCGAUCAAUCAUGUUUCUCAGUAAAAUUGCACAAAAAGUACAAUAUCGCUUUUCUGUGCACGUUUUAAAGAUUAGAUUCUGAGGAGUAACAUGUACGAGUGGUGAUAGCAUAUUGUGCUUGAUACAGACAAAGGGUUAUCUCCGCGGAGUUCAUUACAGCGCGUGAGUAGCCCAAGUUAUCAGGAACAACGUGUGCAUUACAAACACUUUUGUGAUUAGGACAGAUUACCAUGUAAAAUCUUGGUCUGAAGAUUGACGAUUACAGCAUAUCUUGUUUGAAAGAAUAUGUGUAUAUUUAUAUUUAUUAUUAAAUGUAUAUGAAUUGUUA